AUGAUUUUGCAUCCGUGCUGCUUUGAUUUUCUUCCAGUCUUUAUUCACGCCAUUGCCGGCUACCAGUCUUCAAUCAAGGAGCGAAUGAUGUAUUCCAGUUGCAAGGGUGCUCUCCUCAGCCAGUUGACCGGACAGUUUGGUCUGAACAUUGAACAGAAGCUGGAAAUUGAGGACUUUAAGGAGCUGACGACGAAAACCUUUAUGGAGGCUGCCCAUCCUGUGCAGAUAGAGUCCAGCGUUCUGAUCCAACGGCCUAAAGGUCCUGGAGGUCGCGGACCCCGUCGUCUCAUCAGUUAG